AUUCCGUGCCGGUAUUUCCGUCUGUAUUUUGUCACCCUUCCCAGCGGAGUUGGCACAUUCCGCUCAGCAGCUCCACAUGUAUCGUAACUUGUUACCUCUCCAGAGCUCACUGUGCCCUUCCUCACUCCGAUGUGUUACUAUUCUGCGUAAAGAAGAAGAGACAGAGUGUUUGGGCUCGCUUUGGAUUAUAGCGGAUAAAUCACUGUUACGGAAUUGGUUAGCGCGUAGUAACAGAAAAAAGGGGAGUGGACGUGUCGUGAAGCAAUUGAGUGUGUGUGUGUGUGUGUGUGUGUGUGAGAGAGAGAGAGAGAGAGAGAGACUGUCUGUCUGUGUAUGUGUGAAUUUACCAGACCCAGUACAGUGAGAGUAUAAGCGUGAGGGCGCUCUUGGGGGCGGAGCUCCACAAAGGGGCAGAGUUUCCAGGAGGAAGCCAGACAAACAUGAGCAAAUUGACGUUCCACAACAACAAGACCAUGCAGGAUCGCCGUUGUGUGUGUGUGUUUCUCCCAAACGAUGAAACACUCAACGUCAUUGUCAGUGUGAAGACUUUGUGUCAGGAAUUGUUGGAGCAGGUGUGUGAUCUGCUCCGACUGAAGGACUGUCACUUAUUCGGCCUAAGCGUUGUUCAGAAUAAUGAGCACAUCUAUAUGGAACUGGGACAGAAGCUGUCCAAAUACUGCCCGAAGGAGUGGAAACGAGAAGCCAGCAAGGGAAUCGAUCAAUUUGGGCCUCCGAUGAUUGUGCACUUCAGAGCUCAGUACUAUGUGGAGAAUGGCAGACUAAUCAGUGAUCGCAUGGCAAGGUAUUAUUAUUACUGGCAUUUGAGGAAGCAAGUGCUGCAGUCCCAAUGUGUCCAGCGGGAAGAGGCCUAUUUCUUGCUCGCUGCAUUUGCUCUUCAGGCCGACCUGGGAAACUACAAACGGAACAAACACUUUAGCUCCUACUUCCAGCCUGAGUCCUACUUUCCUUCCUGGGUGAUCACUAAGAGGGGGAGAGACUACAUUCUGCGGCAUAUUCCCAACAUGCAUAAGGAACAAUUUGCUCUCACAGCAUCAGAGGCUCAGUUGAAAUACAUCAAGCAAGCAGCACUCCUGGAUGACGUCACUGUCCACUACUACCGCCUCUAUAAGGAUAAAAAAGAAGUGGAGGCAUCUUUAACUCUGGGGCUUACACUGCGUGGCAUCCAGGUCUUUCAGAAUGUGGGCACUGUUCGGCAGCUUCUAUAUGAUUUUCCCUGGACCAACGUGGGCAAACUUGUAUUUGUGGGGAAGAGGUUUGAGAUCCUGCCCGAUGGCUUGCCCUCUGCCAGAAAGCUAACCUACUAUACUGGCUGUCCGCUGCGUUCCCGCCAUCUCCUACAGUUGCUUAGCAACAGCCACCGCCUAUACAUGAACCUUCAGCCUGUGCUUAAGCAAGUCCGACGCCUGGAGGAGAACGAAGAGAAAAAGCAGUAUCGGGAGUCAUAUAUAAGUGAUGCGCUGGAGUUGGACAUGGAGCAGCUGGAGCAGCGAUCUCGUGCUAGUGGCAGCAGCAUGGGCAGUGUUUCACGCCAAAAACGUUUCUCGCGUCACUCCACCACCAGCCACAGCAGCUCACACACAUCAGGCAUUGAAACCGACAGCUUCCGAACUCCAGCACACACACCGCACCGGCCACUCCGCUCACACUCCUCCUCCAACACCAGCCACGCCAGCACACACACCUCCGGCAUUGAGAGCAGUGGCAAGGAGCGAGGCCUGGAUGAUGAUGAGAUUGAGAUGUUGGUCGAUGACCCUAAAGACUAUGAAGAACUAACUGAUUUAGCAUUGGAGCUCAGUCAAGACCUCUGCAUUCACAUCACCGAGGACAUGCUAACGUCUGCACAAAGCAAUGGCUACUCAGGCUUAGUUGUGAAGGAAGUAAGCUCAUCAACAUCGAGUUCAUCUGAGACCGUGGUGAAGAUGAAAGGCCAAAGCAUUGAAUCGCUCCCUCAGAUGGUGUCUGGCAGAAAGUCUCAGAACUCCACAGACCGGCAUAGCCAAUCACUAGAUGAUGUCCGUCUAUACCAGAGGAACUCCCUGGAGUGGGUGGAGCCCUGUCAGGACUCUGCCCACAGUUACACAUUUGGUUGUGUGGAGGAGCUUAGCAACGGUUACCAGGGAGUUGCAGAACAGCGGGCUGGUAUCUGUGAUGACCAACACCCUUUUCCCAUCAAAAGAACCAACAAGUACUUCUCCCUGGACCUGACCGCAGAGGAGGUGCCCGAGUUUGUGGUGUGAAGGGGGGAGGAUGAUCAGAACAAAGAAAAAAGAUUAAAGACAUGACUGAGGACAUUUAUUUGUGUGCGCACACUCGCUCGCGCAUGUGUGUGUGUGUAUGAGAGAGAGUGUGUAAGGAUCAUAAUGUAAUGAGGCUGCUGAAUUUCGGAAGAGAAAGGGAAACUGCAGUCUGUCUCAGCUGCUUUAGCAAAACGUGAACUUCUCCACGUGUGUGUGUGUGUGUGUGUGUGUGUGUGUGUGAGUGUGUGUUUGAAUACUAUAUGAGCUAUUAACCAAAGAUGAGCAGUCCUCAGUGUUCAAUAAGCAACCGAACAUACAAGCCAUAUCAUAAUACUUAAUGGACAGGAAUGGUACUAGUGUGUAUUUUACAUUACCAGGCAAAGUUUGGACACACUAGAUGUAUAUUUUUCAUUGUCUUAAAGAUAUUUUGAUUAAUGCUUAUGGUUGAACCUGGUUUCUAAGACAAAUGUAAAUAGUGAUGUUAAUGCCCUUGCAUAAAUCUAUUUCUGAAUCAGAAUAUAUUUUUAAUAAGUAUUUUUUGUUUGGAGUAAAUUGCUUCCCCAAACAAGUAGUUUUCAUUAAGAACAUUGCAGAAGCAACCAACAAGUGCUUGGCUUAUCUGGGAACUUUAAGAAACGCCUCCUGGGUGAGGCUUAUACACAAUGAAGCUGGUUGAGAAGAUGCCAAGUGUGUGCAAAACAUGAUCAGGAAUACAGUUAAGAAUUAUAAAUAUUUUGUUUCUUGGCCACUGCAUAAUUCCAUAUGUGUUAUUUGUUAAUGGUAACGUCAUUUUUAUUGCAAAAUAGAACAUAUGAAGAAAACUCUCCUAUGAGCAGGUGUGUCCAAACUGUUGACUGGUUGUUUGUAUGAUGUGUGGGUGAUGUGUGUGUAAUGUGUGCAUUGUGGUGCUGGCUGCUCUAAUUGAACCGCCUGUGCCUUUGUUACACUAUGCAAGUUUGAGACCCUAUUACUGGGAGUCUCCCAAGUCUUUCAUCUGUGCACCAAGUACAUUUUACCCCUAUACCAAGGAAACAAGCAGAGACGGUUACUGUCUGGUCACACAGCUUUCAGUAACACUUGAGCAGUUUCUGCUCUAAUGUUCAACCAAACCAAGUUGUGGUGAGUUGCACAGAUGCAAUCAUAAUUUUGUCUUCUUUAAUCCUCUCCAGAAUAACCAAACCACAGGUUUCUUGUGUUUUAAGCCUGAGAUGGCAGAAUAUUGAUGUCAUACCCAUAGAAUAAUGGACUGGUGAAGUCCUCGAAAAACAAACAUGGCACACAAAGGUUGUUUUGACAAUUACCAUAUUUUGGUGUUUAUACUUGAUCAGCUGUCAGGCAAAGCUGUAAAGUGGAAAAAUAUGGGGAUAGAAAAAUGGCCAGAGCUGGAGUUCUAGCUGCAGUGGUGUUAGAGUGGGAAGGAUCAUUAAAAAAGCCAAACUGGGGUUUUCCAAGACAUUGCAGCCCAUGUAGAAACCCACCAACCAGACCUUUCCUGCCAAUCUAUAUUUACCAUAAGACCAUAUGCUUUAUGUUUGUCUUUUUUGCUAAGUUUUGGUGAUGUUACUUUAAUUAUUUUUGCAAACUGGAACUUUUUAUUUUAUAAGUAUUUUUGUUAAACUGUUGUUGACAUAAAGGUGGGAGCCAUGUCUUUUUUUACGUUUUUGUUUGCCACAUUGUCAGUAUUACUGGAGGUCAGUAUUAGAAAUACCCGUUCUCCCACUUUAACCAGUGUGCUUGUGUGUAUGUGUUUAUUCUUAAUAAGGAAUUAUUCAGUAACCUAUAAUCAAUAACAUAUCAAUAACUAAUGAAGAUUUUUAUAUACUACAGGUGAAUCAUGUGAGAUAUCAAAUGAUAAUGUCAUAAUUAAAGCUGCAUUGUGCUCCCACCUGUGUGCUCAGAAAAAAAUAACCUAGAUUUCUUUCACAGUUUCUCUUUUUUUUGGGUCAUCACCAGCACUUUUAAAUUCUCUCAUGCAUGUGGGUAGCUAUUCAGGUCCAUCUGCAGUCUUUUCCAUCAUAUUGCACCAUGGUGAUUUCCCUCAGACUUGUAAUCGCAUUAAUACUUCACAUUACUAAAGAGUAAUUAUACAUGUCUCCCUCUUUGUAUUUCUGACAACUAAUAGUUGUUGACACAGCAAUCAAUAUUGUAAAUGUUUUGAUAAUAUAUAUUGUCAUAUUAUUUAGUUAUUAGAACUGCAGUUCACAAGUUAAUGACAUAUAAAUGAAAUGGAACAAAAACAUCUCAAACUCAGUAGUGAUUUUACAGGCAAACAUCAUUGGACUGAAACAGGCCUACCAAUAAUGUCCAUCUUUAUUCCAAACCUUUUUUAAUUUGUCUGUCUGCAGUUAUUAAAGUCCUUUCUAUGAAAGGAAAUGCCCUAAAAAUAUUAUUUUUCAUCUUCUUUUUGUAAACCCUUUUAAUUGAUGCUUCUGUUCCCAUAAUGAAGUGUGGUGCGUGUCUUGCAGGUACUGAUGUCCUCUAAUGUACGCAAUAAAAGGUACCUUUGCAAGAAAAUGUGGAGUUGUUUUAUGUUUUGGUAUUUCUUCUGGUUUAGCUAUAUUGUCAUGUUUGUCAAUUAAUUUUCACCCUGACCUCAAAUAAAUGUCUUCUUACAGAAACUUUA